CGGAACUAAAAAUCACGGCGGGAACAUUGCGUCUGUCUGUUUAUGUGCUAUUCAAAAGGGUUAAACGGAGAUUCGGUGUGAUAAGACAAAGAGACCUGAACGAAAUUGUAUUCAUGACGAUGAAAAUAUGUCGGAGAAGACAAUUAAGGUGUCUAAAUGGUUGAGUAGUCUUUUUGGAAACAAACCAGUUCCAGUAUAUGAAGUAAAUACCCGGACCACAGACAUUUUGUAUGAGUUAGCAGAGUGCAGUGAAUCCAGAUGUGAGGAUAUAUCUCUGCUAAUUGAGGAUCUCAAGCAGAAAUCAACAGAAUAUAAUGUGGAAGGUAGUUACAACCAUGAGUUGCUGUUGGAGGCUGUUGGUUUAUCUUCUAAUAUACUGUCUAAGACGGCCCUCAGCUGUCUAAAUGCUUUAGAAGGAACUACAGUGGCACUCAGUGCCAAGGAUACUUCUUUGUGCAGUCUUAUGGCUGCAAUGGAUGACCUGACAAAUGAAGUUUGUGCAACAGAAAGGAAAAACCAAGAACUGGAUCAACAGCUAACACUCCUGAAGAAACAAAUGACUGCUGCUUUGGUACUGCACCGAAGUUUACAGGAAGACCUUGGCAAGACUGAAGAUGCUCAGGCCGUUGAAAUGGCAAAAGCGGAAAAUAGGCUGCAGAACAUGGACUUUUUAAAAGCCAAAUCGACUGAUUUAAUCCACAGAAUACGGUCUUGUGAGAAGUUAAACACAAGUGGCAUGGACAAUUCCUUGUCACAUCAGGCACUACUAAAUUUAUCUGAGAAAUUGACCACGUUGAAGCAAGAGAAUACAUCUCUGAAAAAAAAGUUGGACUCCUAUAUGGAUUUAACUCCGAAUCCUUCGCUUGCGCAAGUGAAGAUUGAAGAGGCAAAGAGAGAAUUGGCUUCAAUUGAUGCUGAUCUUACAGUAAAGGUGGAUAUGAUGGAAAUGUUUUUACCUGAGCAGCACAAGAGGAGCAUGUUUUAAAGAUUUUUAGUGCAUUAUUAGAUAUUUAAAUUUAGUGACUUUAUAAAUAAGGUCAGAUGUUUUGAUUUAAUAUUUAUAAUUCAUUGCAAGCAUAUUUAUGUUGUAUAUCCUGGUUAGUAUAAUACAGUACUUCAUUUUUAAUUAGGCCCAUAGUCAUUUGCUGUUUAUUGGGCUGGGCAUUAAAUAUCAGAUACAAAUUUCAUUUUUUUCCCCCAAGUUUAUUUCAUUAUACCUCAAAAUCUUUAUAAAGUCAUCUCCAUAUUGCACCAGUUUAUAAUCGGCCCAAUAAGUAUCGUCAUUUGUUUCUCAUGUUUGCACUCUUCACCAUUAAAAUACAUAAUUUGGCCAAUCAAGGGGUCCAUUAGUAGUUGACAAGCUUAAUGCUCCUCAAUCCCAAAGACUUAUGUUUGGUUAAUUGGAAACAGGCAUCGUAGUGCUAGUAGUGUAACUGAAGAAAAUAUAAAACUGGUUUGGGACCACCAUUAAAUAUAUAAAAAAAGAAGGAAAUAUUAAUUUUAAAUUAUUAACCAUUAUUAAAGUCCCUUAGAUGGAUAUAUUGACAAUAAUAUGUGUGAUUAUGUAUGGACUUUAAUUAACAAAAUUGAGAACUUAAGAAUAUUCCAUAAAUUAGUAAAUUACAGUAAUGUAUAUUUCUACUGCAUCUUAGCUCCUAUAAGUGCACUUCAAAAUAUUGUUUUUGUGAUAGAUCGCAUAGACUCUUGCUUUGAAAUUUUUAGUUUUUUGACAAUGAGAGUAAAAUGCUCUUAAAAAUAAAACUAGCUGAGUGAUUAAUAUUUUGAAGAAUGAAAAAACCUUUAUCAGAAAGAUGGCCAUUUUCAACAUUUGACAUGGUAGCAACACUAUUUUUAAUACACUGAAUGAUUGUUUUUUCUUCCAUACAUUACUACAGGAUUGAUAUAUGCAAGUACUCCACUAAAAGUGUAAAAAUGUUGUAGCAUGUUGUCAAAAGAUAAUUUUGUUUAAUGGAAUUACAGUACAUGAAUUUAGAGAUCGUAUUCUGCAGUUUUUGGGCAAGUCAAUAAACAACCUUACACAUCUCAUAUGUAAUGGGUUCCACAUGGACAUAUGCUAUGUGGUAACAGGCUUGAGUUCUUACUGUGUAUUUCUUUGUUUUCCUUAAUAGUGAAGGAAAACAAAAUUGAGGUAUGCAAGCUACAGUACAUUUGAUAUGCUGGCAAAAAAAUAAAAUAAUCAUGUGUCAUAUAUGCUUAAUUUUUAAUUGGAUAUGAUGUGUUAUUGUGCACUGUCAGUAUUAAAAGUAUUUUUAGCUUUAGAGGUUUAAUAACUAAUGAAAAUCUGAAUUAAAUUAAAAUGAGUAAUACCAUGUAUGUUGUAGCACUAAAAUUUAUGAAUUUGUUACAUGUAUUCAUUCAAUUAAUUUAUUUAUGCAUGUUUAAACCAUUAUGUUUUCUGGAUUCUUACAAUAAAUGGACUUACAUUUUCAGGUCUGUAAUGUCCGUAUCUUUUAGUUUUAUUGAAAAAAAUAAAAUAAUAAAUGCUAUUCCUGGACAAUUACCUAACAGUGUUGGGAAGGGUCAAUAAAGUUUCAAAUUAAACAUUAUCUCCUCAUUGUUCAGAUUAAAAAUUUUACAGUUAAAUUU